AUGCGUAGCUCGCCGAACAUAAUCAUCACUGGAACCCCCGGCGUGGGAAAGACGACUCACUGCGAGCAGCUUGCAUCAAGCACUGGCCUCACCCAUCUCAAUGUCAACAAGGUUGUGAAGGAGCGCGACUGCGAGGAUGGCUUUGAUGAUGAACUUAACAGUGUCAUUGUCGAUGAGGACAAGCUCCUGGAUGCAAUUGAGCCUGAUCUCGAGGCAGGUGGCCAAAUCAUUGACUGGCACGCUUGCGACAUGUUCCCUCAAUCCUUGAUUGAUCUCGUUGUUGUCAUUCGCUGCAACAGCACUAUUCUCUAUGAUCGCCUCAAGGGUCGUGGCUACAGUGACAAGAAACUCGAUGAAAACAUGGACGCCGAAAUCAUGGAGGUUCUUCUACAGGAGGCACGCGAUUCUUAUGACGAGGAGAUUGUCGUCGAGUUGCAGAGCGAUGAUCUUGACCAGAUUGACGAAAACCUCGAGCGCAUUCAAACCUGGAUCGAAAACUGGAAGAAGGAUCACUCUGAGGCAUAA